UCAUACACUGUACUUUGUUUGUUUGUUUGGUGACAGAACCUAAACAUUAAGGCACUAUUAGAGUUUUCAGACACAAGCCCUGGAAUAAUACUAUAGCAAGUCAUGGCCAGAAAUCGGCUUUUCGUGGUAUGCGUGCCCCUGGUUGUGUUGUGGUUGGUCUUCAUCUCUGUGUGCGUCCUACACCCUCUGAUCGACGAAUCAAAAUUGUCUCAGAUAGUGACCAGGUAUUCUUCAUACACUGACAUACUUUCCAACAGCCGUCGAACUCUUGUAGACAGUCAGUCCAGGAUUUCCAUAGCUGUGGACCCUAAAGUGAAGGACAAAUCGACGAUUGCUAUCUAUCGGGAUGAGGUGUCGUGGAAGCCUCACAACAAGGUGUGCUCGUCCAAGGAAACGUUCAGGAAGGCGACUCUGAAGAGCGCUUUGGGAAAUAUUCCUGUGAACAUUAACGAAAGCCCUGAUGGGAUUUCUGACAGAAUCGUCAAGGACGGCUUUUUCGAGCGGGAGUUAGAAAAGCCACUGUACAAGUGUUUAGACGAGGACAAGGAUCUGGUCUUCUUAGACAUCGGUGCAAAUGUUGGAGUCUUCAGCCUGUCCGUUGCUAAGAAAGGUCACAAGGUCAUAGCGGUUGAAGUGUUGCCAGGCAACGCGGCUCGUUUGUGUAGAAGUAUCAAAGAAGCCGGAUUCGAGGACAGAGUUACUUUGAUACACAACGGACUGUCUGACAAACGGACUUUGAUGGAAAUCGUUCAUUACAAAGGCGUUGAAGGCGGAGUGUACAUCCGAGAAUCUCUGAACGCCACAAAGAACACGAUGUACUCCAUCUUUUUGGAUGACCUACUGGAGGUGUUGGACUUAAAACGCGUCGUCAUGAAGAUCGACGUAGAGAGACACGAGGCCAAGAUUCUGGAAAAGGCUGACGAAUUCUUCAAGAAAGUAGACGUCACAUGCGUUAUGAUGGAAUGGGAACGCCAUCCCAGAAACCCGGAUGCAUAUCAAAUGAUGGUCUUCAUGGCCAGACAUCAUAUGCUGGGAUUUGACCCCCAGGACUUCAGCAAGUCGCUAGAUGCUUUCACCUUCGCCAAAUGGCCCCGAAACGUCAUGUGGCGUAAGGUUCGCGACUAUGGACCGUGGACAAACUAGAUAUGAAAUUAAUAGUGUGUUUGUGAGUGGGCGUACUGGAAUAUAUAUCUUUUCUAUUUUCUCAAUUGACCGAGAACCAUUUUUUUUUUUUAAUUUGGAUAAAUAGUUUACCACACUACUUUCCGUAUACUAUAAAAUCUGCACAUAGCACAGAUUCCUGUAAAUGUAAAUAUGCCAACCUCAGUGACGUAAUGAGAUCAUCUGCCUGAAGCGAUGCCACACGAUACGGAUGUCUCGUACGAUAAUAGUGCCGAUAGUAACCAGGCAACAUUACGAUUUCACUUGUUGCUAUGCAAUCAGCUAUUCUCGUGCUAGGCAUUCGUAUUGUUUGGCGUCGCCUUUAGGAAUGCUUGAAUGAAUGAAUGUUUAACGACACCCUUGCACGAUAAAUACAUCGGCUAUUUGGUGUUCAUUUUUAGGAUGCGUUGCCUCUUUUGUGGCAAUUAAUAAGCUGACUGCAAUGAAUUUGAUUUCAAACAUAUUAAAAGAAGACCUAUUUUUAAAAUUAUUUAUAAGAGCUAUGUUUUUCAUGUUUGUUAUAGCCAUGUACUACUCUAGUAUAUGGUGAUGUAUCAUAAUUAUGUUUCGACAUUUUAUAAGACCGUGAUAACCAUUAUUUUGAUCAAUUGUUGGUAUAUGGUCUGUUAUCAUGUACAUAAUAAAUAUGUUAAUACAG